CGUUUUGUGAGCAUCGCUUUUGGCAUAGACGAUACCAGCUACUAAACAAUUCGACUCUAACUGGUGAGUUUAAUGUUCAACAUACGUUGCUUUUAUUAUUUUGUAGGCAUUUUUUUUCUUCAUUUGGCUGUGUUUUUACAUGGUGAUAUAACCAUGUAAGAACAGCUCAAAUAGCCCUGGCUGAGGUGCGCAACUAUAGGCAACAUUUUUAUUCGCUGAGAAAUGUUUUAACCCGCCCGUUGUCCUAGGGUCAAAAUGACCCGCCACUGUGUUGAACCAACUUUAUUUAAUUUUUAUAUUUUUUGGAUCAUUUGUGAGAAGGAGGCAGUGAGACUUUCUUUAAAGUCUCACUGCCUCCUUCUCACAAAUGAUCCCAAAAAUAUAAAAAUUAAAUAAAGUUGGUUCAACACAGUGGCGGGUCAUUUUGACCCUAGGACAACGGGAGGGUUAAAAGGUUUCACGAAAUGUGAGUCAGAAAUUAAGAAUAACUGUGCUUCAUUUAUCUAAUUUAAUCGUGCCGCUUCAGGGCACUUCUUCUAUGACCGUCUAGUUUAUGUCUUCACUCAAGUACGACUGCCAUGUUGCUUGAGUUUUGAAGAAGAUGCUGUAUUGCUGAAUUUGUUACAUGUUUUAACUGUUAGAAUAAAUCAAAUGAAUAGCCCGCAAUAACAAUGCAGACAAGCCAAACAUCCUUUCAAUGGGUCUGUACAUAAAAGAGUGCCAGUAAUCGACAUGCGCAGCCUACGUAUCAAGCGUAGCUACUUGCUACCAUCGUUGUACAUGUCAUAUCCUCAACGUGGUGUUCUAGGAAUAGAGCCACACGUGGUCCCGACACAAAGGAUUUAAUUCAAUAUAAUUCGAUGAAUCAACUACAUUUUCUAUUUGAAGCAUAAGGCAGGUGAGUGUGAGUCGACAGGUUUGGGCUACCCCAGGAUUUUAUAGUCCAACGGGAAGGAUCUAAUUUCUUAGAUCUAAUUUAGAGCUUUAUAUUAAGGCUAUAUAGGCUGUGACCUGAAGUUAAUGCCAAUAGGAUAAUUUACCAGUAUUAGCCGAAGUAAUAAUGGAAAAUAUUAUUCUUCAUGUCAGUAAUAAAAUAGUUGAUAUUGAGAUGUUGUAUUGGUCUAACAUCCUGUAUAAGAAUAUUCAUAUAAUCUCAAAGUGUGUCAUUGAAUACUUAGUUUCAGUUUUAGAAGCCAUGUGGUAGGCUUUUUUUCUUCUUAUUUUUUACAGUCUUGUUAAUUCGGUAGGUAGCCUUGUCUAUACUGAGCAACCAACCAGCUUCUGAACAUGGCAGAAAACAAGGAAAUUACGUUGUAGAAAUGAUGGUGGGAGAGGACUGGAUAUGGUUAACUCAUUUACAUCAUUUAGCAGACGCUCUUAUCCAGAGCGACUUACAAAUUGGUGCGUUCAAUUUAUGAUAGCCAGUGGGACAACCACCUUAAAAACAUUUUUUUAUGGGGGGUGGGUUGAAGAAGGAUUACUUUAUACUAUUCCAGGUAUUCCUUAAAGAGGUAGGGUUUCAAGUGUCCUUUUAAGUUUUGACUUUAGAACAUGCUGAAAUCACCAAGAGCAAAAAUAUUACGUUAUUUAUUGUCAAAGAUGACUGAUAUCGAACUUUCAUGGAAUUGAAAUAUGAUUAGAAUAGAGUCAGGGGGAUUUGCUGUGGUUAUUUUCUACACUCCAGUAUUUAAAGGAGUGACACGUUCUGAAGCUAUCCUCUGUCCAAUGUUUGUGAACAGAGUCAAGAGUAUCAGGAUGACUACCCAGAAGAAUGCCCCUGUGGACCGGUGAGUUUGAAUCAUCUGAGAUAAAAACCUGUAGGGAGCAGCUUUCACAUGCUUCCUCAUUUAGUAACCAUCUCGUUCAUCUGAGCACUGGUCGAUGGGAAUCAGAUAAGAAAUGACAUGAUAUAUCGGUAAUUACUCAGUACAAAAACUAGAAAUUACUUGUUUCUGUGGGAUACAUUAAGCAUCAUUAGGCACAAUUUAGUACCAGGUACUUACCAAUUGUGUAAGUAAACUAGAAAGUACCCAUUCUUACCACAUAAAUUCAGAUGAAAUACAAGAUAAAUACCAGUGGAAAUAGUAACCUACCUUAAAAUGCAGUGCUACCAGCUGAUGUAGGAGUGGUUGCUAUGUGGGAUGUGAGUGAUGUCCUCUCUCUCCUAACAGAGGCUGUGCUGUGGCCGUCAUCAUGUUCAUCCUGGGAAUGGGAACACUGCUGCCAUGGAACUUCUUCAUCACUGCAACUGAGGUACCACACAGCUCCUCUACCUCAUCACAACCAGACACACACACACACACGCACACACCCACACACACACACACACACACUGCCACUGAGGUACCACACAGCUCUUCUACCUCAUCACAACCAGACACACACGCGCACACACACACACACACACACACACACACACACACACACACACACACACACACUGCCACUGAGGUACCACACAGCUCUUCUACCUCAUCACAACCACACACGCACACACACACACACACACACACACACUGCCACUGAGGUACCACACAGCUCUUCUACCUCAUCACAACCAGACACACACGCACACACCCACACACACACACACACACACUGCCACUGAGGUACCACACAGCUCUUCUACCUCAUCACAACCACACACGCACACACACACACACACACACACACUGCCACUGAGGUACCACACAGCUCUUCUACCUCAUCACAACCAGACACACACGCACACACCCACACACACACACACACACACUGCCACUGAGGUACCACACAGCUCUUCUACCUCAUCACAACCAGACACACACGCGCACACACACACACACACACACACACACACACACACACACACACACACACACACACUGCCACUGAGGUACCACACAGCUCUUCUACCUCAUCACAACCAGACACACACACACACGCACACACACACACACCACACACACACACACACACACACACAUAUACACACACUGCCACUGAGGUACCACACAGCUCCUAUACCUCAUCACAACCAGACACACACACGCACACACACACACACACACACACACACUGAGGUACCACACAGCUCCUCUACCUCAUCACAACCAGACACACACGCACACACACACACACACACACACACACUGCCACUGAGGUACCACAAAUCUCUUCUACCUCAUCACAACCAGACACGCACACGCACGCACACACACACACACACACACACACACACACACACUGCCACUGAGGUACCACACAGCUCCUCUACCUCAUCACAACCAGACACACACACACACACACACACACUGCCACUGAGGUACCACACAGCUCCUCUACCUCAUCACAACCAGACACACACACACACACACACACACUGCCACUGAGGUACCACAAACAACAUUUUAACUGAUUGAAUAUUACACUUUCAGGUAAACAUACUGUCUAAUAUUAGUUUGCUGUAUGAUAAGAGUAGGGGGCUUCAGCUAAUGUCACCUCUGUUCUCCCAUUGUUUUCUGCUGAAGUAUUUCGACGACCGACUCAAAGGGACCACAUCAAGUUACAGAACGACCCUAGUUACUAAUGGAACGACCCCAGUUACUAAUGGAACGACCCCAGUUACUAAAGACUACAAAUUUGCCAGCUUUAUGACCCUUCUAGCCCAGCUGCCCCUUCUCCUCUUCACCCUGGCCAACUCUUUCCUGUAUCAGUGGUGAGCAACAUACUACAGUGUUAUAAUAAUAAUAAUAAUAAUAAUAAUAACAGUGUUCUAUGUAUAUUACUGUUGAUUCAACACCUCUCCUUUUGAAUGGAAGGUAUAGUUUAGCAUAGUGGUCUAACCCAACCUUCUUUUCCCUGUGUGGCGGUAGUGUCAAAGAGAAGGUCCGGAUUGCUGUCAGUCUGGUCUCCAUCCUCUUCCUCUUCCUCCUCACGGCCAUUAUGGUCAAGGUGCCCAUGCAUCCCGACAGCUUCUUCUCUAUUACCAUGGCAACUAUCUGGUUCAUCAACUGUGAGUUGGUUCCCACCUGCCUUCAUGUCUCUAUGGAUCCCAUAUUAUAUAAUGAAUCAUCAUAAGUAGCAUCAUUGUUUUGACUAUUUGCCUGAUGAAAAUGUGUUCCAAUUAGAUUUGAUGUGGAAAUACUCACACAUCCCCUCUUUCUCCCCCUCUCUAGCUUUUGGAGCAGUGCUACAGGGCAGUCUGUUUGGGCUGGUGGGACUGCUCCCCCCGAGGUACAGCACAUUGUUUAUGAGUGGUCAGGGACUGGCAGGGAUCUUCGCUGCCCUGGCCAGUCUGCUCUCUAUCCUCAGUGAGUACUACACUUCCCUACACACAACAUAUCACCUCACUAACAAUGAACACAAUGACACACCCAAGCACACUCAAUCAGCAUGAUGUCCUUAAUAUAGUAACCGGCUCACUAAAACAGGUCUUUGCUAAAGGCAUUUGCUCACAAUGUUAUUCAAAAUGCCUUACUUGUGUUUGCAAGUCUGGUACUGUGUUUGCAAACAGUAAGGAUGGGCCCAGAGCCCAGCUUAUAGGGGCAUGGACACAGUUGUUUGAUGCUGACAGGGAUCAACACCGAACAGGCUUAAGACACACCCCACAAAACACAUGUUUACUAUAUAACUGGAAGAGCAGGCUCAAACUGUAGUAAACAUGUGUGACAGCUUCACUCAACUGAAUAACUGGUCACAACAUCCUGUUUGGUGGGAAACAUCUCAGCUCUGCCUGCCAGGAUAGAUUUGACUCUGUUUUUACAUGGAAUUGUCUUUUAAUUCUAUUUAAUGCUGAGUUUCUCUGUGUAGGUAAAGCAGACAAGGCCAGUGCUGCUCUUGGGUACUUCAUAACCCCUUGUGUGGCAACUCUGCUCACUUUGCUCAGCUACUUACUACUGCCACACCUGGUGAGUGGCUACACCAAUCAUGACAAGAGCGUAAUAGUCAGUUCAAGUACUAUUGCUUAGGACAUUCAUUCCAUUUUGUGUUGGGUUCUAGGGGUUUGCCCAGUUUUACUUGGAGAAAAGUAAAAGUCACCAUGACCAACCGGCGACUACAAACGAGCCUCUCGAAAGUGCAGGUAGGUUCACGGAACACUAUAUUCCAUCCUUAACUAAUAACAAAUACCAUAUACAAUAUACCAUAUAGAGAAGCUAUUAUUACUAAUAGUUCAUUCAUUUGUGGGCAGUGAUUUUCCUUAAUACUUGUAUAUACUUGUAUGGUUACAGUAUGUUUUAAAAACAAUAUAAUGCUUGAACCAGUUGUCACUGUCUUUAUCAUUGUUUGUUAUAUUCUUCUCAAAGAAAAAGAAGCUUUGGCCAAUGGUCACAUGAAUGGCUACAACAAUAAACCCAUAAUAACCAGUGGUGAUUUAGAGGCCAGUGGGACCAAAGAAGCCCUGUUCAUGAUGAAGCAGACUGACAGUCACGACAGAUCAUCUGUCCUGGCAGUCUUCAAAAAGGUGCCUUGUUCUGAAUCCCACUGUCAUUCAAAUCUCAAUUCAAAUCCAUUUUUUUUUCUCAAACAUUUCUCUAACACUUUGUUACUGUUGUACAGAUUUGGGUGAUGGCCCUCUGUGUGACAUGUGUGCUGGCUGUCACACUGUCAGUUUUCCCUGCUGUUACAGUAAAUGUGAAGAGUGUGUAUGGAAACAAGGAGUGGGGUGAGCAAACAUUUGGGAUAAUAAUACAUAAUUGCCUAGUAAUAUAAUGUCCAGUUGUGGUUGGACAUCUGCGUUACAUCUGUAUCUUUCAGACCGAUACUUUCUCUGUGUCUGCUGCUUCAUCGUCUUUAACGUCAUGGACCUGAUUGGCCGCAGUGUCACCUCUAUGGUUCAGUGGGUGAGUCUGACAUUUCUGCCCUCUGUCCGUCUGCUUUACUACCAGUAAUAAAUAGCUGAUCCAAUGCCUCAGAGUAUGUUUCUCUGCCUAAAAGUGUCUUUCUGUCUUUAUCUGUCCACAGCCCUCAAAGAAAAGCCGUAUGUUCCCUGUGCUCGUGGUGUCCCGUGUGAUCUUCAUCCCCCUCAUCAUGCUGUGCAAAACUGACAACCGGCAGUACCUGCCCGUCCUGUUCCCCCACGACGUUGCCUUCGUCGUCAUCAUGACAUUAUUCGCCGUGUCCAAUGGAUACUUCAUCUGUCUCUGCAUGUCCUACGCACCUCAGUGAGUCACAGAAUGUAUAUCUACUGGAAUCUGUUCAACGGUUUUGUCAAAUUGUUCCAUUAACCAUUUUUUGUUUAAUUAAAUUGAAUAACAAUCUGUGCAGUUUGCAUCAUGUUCCCCAGUGUCUGAGCUGUCCUGAUCUCUGUUCUCUUUCCCAGGUUGGUGAGGUUUAAAGACUGUGAGACAGCAGGGGCCUUGAUGACCUUCUUCCUGGCUCUGGGUCUGUCUCUAGGGGCAGCCCUCUCCUUCCUGCUGAGGAACCUUCUCUAGAGGACACAACCUUCCUCACAUACACACCCUCCAAUCACCACUCCAACCAGACUAAGUCUGACUGUCACAACGGUCAAAAACUCACAAUGGUUACAC